AUGUCUCAAGAACUCCUUCGCAUUGAUACCUCGGCAAACAAAUCACAGGAUACAACCAAUUAUAACAACACAAACAGCGAAUCACCCGUUCCGUUUUCUCCAAUAUCAUCAUCAUCUUCACAAAAACAAGCACCACCACCUUCUCCUCUUCUCCUCUCACAAGCUUCCUACUUUAUUCAUUCGCUUCAUGAAUCUCAUGCCAAGCUAUCGGGCCAUUCCGUAUUACUAACUCAACAAGAAAUUCAACACCAUGUUUUACAAUUUUUGUCUGAUUUUGAUGAGAAACGAAAAUCAAAAUAUGGUACUUUGGCAACAACCAUUUCCGAGAAGGAACAAGAACAUCUCAUUCAAGUCUUUAACAAGAAAUUGGCAAACAUGUAUAAAGAGGAAGGAAAUUUAUAUUUGAAGAAAAAGAGAUAUGCUACUAGCGUUGACCUAUAUAUUGCAUCAUGUUUAAUUGCUCCAGAUCAGCCCAUAUAUUAUAGUAAUUUAGCUGCAGCCUUAUAUUUUUGUAAAAGAUAUCAAGAAAGCGAGCGUGCAUGUGAAUUGGCAAUCAUGUUAGAUCCACAAUAUGGAAAGGCCUAUUCACGAUUGGCAAAAGUGAAGGAAACUUUGAACAAAUUUGAUGAGGCAGUAAAGAAUUAUGAAAAGGCAAUUGAAUUGGAAACAUCACAAACUGUGAAAGAAUCCAUUAUUCAACAAAGAAAUGAGUUGUUAACAAAAAUUAAAAAGUAA